UGAGGUUCUAAUAAGCGGAAUAUAUGACAUCAUGGAUCAGUGGAUAAUAGUGCUCACUUUGCUUUCUAUAUUACUUGUUUUGCUCUACAAGUGGUCGGUGGCUAAGUAUAACAUCUUCAGUGAAAGGGGCGUGGCACACGAUAAACCUUGGCCUUUGAUUGGUAAUAUUCCCAUCAGGGGAAUAUUUGGUCGGAUUUCGGUGCUGAAGCAUAUGGCAGAACUGAAUUUAAAGUAUUCGAAUUCACCGGUUUAUGGCAUUUACGCCCUGAGAGAUCCGUACAUCUUCGUUCGAGACCCGGAGCUCAUCAAGCUGAUUGGCAUCAAGGAAUUCGACCACUUCGUCAAUCACCACAAUAUGCACAACAAUAUGCAGGAAUCGAUUCUGUCGAAGAGCCUCAUCUCCCUGCGAGAUGGUCGAUGGCGAGAGAUGCGUAAUAUCCUUACGCCCGCGUUCACUGGCAGCAAAAUGCGGAUAAUGUUCGAGCUGAUCCAGUCUUGCAGCGAGGAGGGUGUGCUCCACGUCCUGGAACAAUUGCAGCCGUCGAAGGAGGCGGUUAUCGACCUGGAAAUGAAGGAUUACUUCACGCGUUUCGCCAACGAUGUGAUUGCCACGGUGGCCUUCGGGCUCAGCAUCAACUCGUUCAGGCGCAAAGAUAACGAGUUCUUUCGGAUCGGACAGGCUCUGUCCAGGAUUACCCCAUGGUCGAUGGCCAAGGCCAUGCUCCACGCCCUCUUUCCUCGGCUAAUGAAGAUACUACAAAUCCAAGUUUUGGACGGCACAAACGUCAAUUAUUUCACCAGUCUAGUCAACAUGACUAUGAAGUAUAGACAGGAGCACAAGGUUAAAAGACCAGACAUGAUCCAUCUUUUGAUGGAGGCAAAGCAGCAAAGGCUCUCGGAUCUGAAGAAUCAGUCGAAGGACUCCCAAUACUAUGCUGAGUUCACAGAUGAGGAUCUUUUGGCUCAGUGUCUGCUUUUCUUUUUUGCUGGAUUCGAGAUCAUCUCUUCAUCAUUGUGUUUUCUGACCCAUGAACUCUGUUUGAAUCCCGUUGUGCAGGAUAGGCUUUAUGAGGAGAUCCUGGCUGUUCAAGGGGACCUAAAUGGGCAACCCUUGACCUAUGAUAAGCUUACCAAGAUGAAGUAUCUGGACAUGGUUGUACUAGAAGGUCUUCGUAAAUGGCCACCAGCUAUUUACACCGAUCGUGAAUGUUGCCAGGAUAUCGAUUUGUUUGAUGACAAUGGUGAAAAGUUGUUCUCCGCCCGAAAGGGAGAUAUCCUGCAAAUACCUAUCUUUUCCCUGCACCACGAUCCUGAGAACUUUGAGGAUCCGGAGUCCUUCAAUCCCGAGCGUUUCGCAGAGGAUCGCGGUGUUGAGCCUCGAGUGUUUCUGCCCUUUGGAGUUGGUCCCCGAAAUUGCAUUGGCAACCGAAUGGCUUUGAUGGAGCUCAAGUCUAUUGUUUACCAAUUGAUUUUGAACUUUAAAUUACUGCCAGCCGAAAGGACAAGCCGGAAUUUACUGGAUGACAUCAGAGGAUACGACAUGCAUCCCAAAGAUGGCUUCUGGUUGAAGUUUAAGUCACGUCAAUAAAGUCUCUUGCAUCUUAGCCAACUAA